CACCGAAUAUGAUUUUUACCGGUCCCCAGAGAACAACACGUGACGUCAACAGCAUCAGAUUAGAGAAGACGAUUCUCAGGAAAACAAUUCUCUCGACUCAUUUGGACAGUCUAUGGCCGCCGAUCUCCUCUACUCCACUCUCGCUUCUUCCUUUUUGUUAUUCGAUCAGAGACUAUUCAUAUUUAUACGAAUCAGGUGUCUUUGAACUAUUAAAAAGCUAUGGGUGAUGCAAUUGAUUUGACUGGAGAUGGUGGUGUCUUAAAAGAGGUUGUUAGGAGAGCCAAACCUGAUGCUAUUUCACCUUCUGAUGAUCUCCCUGUUGUCGAUGUUCACUAUGAGGGUAUAUUGGCUGAAGACGAAAAGGUCUUUGACACUACACGGGAAGACAAUCUUGUUUUCUCUUUUGAGUUAGGAACAGGCAGUGUUAUCCGUUCUUGGGACAUUGCACUUAAAACCAUGAAGGUUGGAGAAGUUGCAAAAAUCACAUGUAAGCCAGAAUAUGCUUACGGAAGAGCAGGGUCUCCUCCUGAUAUCCCACCUGAUGCAACUUUGAUUUUCGAAGUGGAAUUGGUUGCUUGUAGACCGAGGAAAGGUGCUAGUGUUGGCAGUGUUUCUGAGGAGAGAGCCAGACUAGAAGAUCUUAAGAAGCAGAGGGAGAUUGCUGCUGCUGCUAAAGAGGAUGAUAAGAAAAAGAGAGAAGAAGCCAAAGCUGCUGCAGCUGCUAGGAUUCAAGCUAAGCUAGACGCUAAGAAAGGUCAAGGGAAAGGAAAAGGCAAAGGCAAAGCUAAAUAAUGUAAUAGCCAAAAAAGGGACCAGUGACUGUAUCUCUUGGAUACCAUUUUGUAUUUUAGCUUUGAAUUUUAUCAGACUGUUUUAAAAAGCAGAGUCAUCAAUCAUCAUAUUGAUUAUUGACCAUUACAUGGUUUGGGGCUUAA